AAUAAUAAAUUAGAUAAAAAUUCGAUAUAAUUUUAAAACAUUGAAUUCGUUGGAAAAUUUUAUAGCAAAUAGUUUAUUUGGAUAUAUUUAACUGUUUUGAGACAAUUUGUUUUUUUUUAAAAUUUAUUUUAAAAUAUUUAAUAUCUACUUGGAAGAUUAAUAAGAUACCUAGAUACUUCCAAUAUGCAGAAUAAACUUUUGAUAAUUCCACUAUUAAUGUUAUUGGGGAAUGGAUGCAAUGCAGAUUAUACGACCAAUGAAUGUUCAUUACUGGGUUUCAAUAAAGCAAACCUUUUGUGUUCAUCUUGUGAUCAACUUAAAAAGUUUCAAUUGACGUCAUUAAGAGAACAUUGCAUGAACUGUUGUCAAAUUGACGAAGAAAAAUCUAUUAAAGUAUAUGCAAAAGCCAGAUUGGAAGUCUGUACUUGUAAAUUUGGUGCUUAUCCUCAGAUACAAGCAUUUAUAAAAAGUGAUCGCCCCAACAAGUACCCGAACUUAACGAUCAGAUAUGUACGUGGGUUGGAUCCACUAAUUAAACUCAUGGAUAGCAGUGGAAAUGUGCAAGAGGUUUUGGCAAUUGAACGAUGGGACACUGAUACAGUGGAUGAAUUUUUGAGCACUCAUUUAGAACGCAUCGAAGACGAUUACCGGUCAAACCUAGUGUAAACUGUUUAAUGAAUACUUUUAUUUUUGUACGUGUUUUCUUUUCAUUUAUACACAGGUACUAUUACAAUAUUUUAUAAUGUUAAUACUAUUUGUAUCCGAGUGUCAUAAUUAUUAUUCAUGAAUACUGUUGCAUACGUGCAUAGUAUUCGUCUACAAGAAUUAUAUGUUAUACGAAUAAUA